CCAUGAUGUUUAGCUUGGGUUUAAGAAUUUUAGGGUUUUUUGAUCACAUUAUUGGUUUUAUUGUUUACUUCUUUUUUUUAACCUGAAUUUCAAUGUCGUAACCGUUUAUGUUGAUGACAUCCUUUAGAACACUAGGGCUUCAGUCACUGAUCGUGUGUGCAGCGAACAAGUUAGCAUCGAAUGUUGCCAUACGAAACUCUUUUGCUUUGCAUAAAGUUUUGAAACUUCUUCUUGAAAUGUAUAUCUGAUGAAGAGUGGACCUUUGUUCUAGAGAAGUCUAACAAUUGUUCGUAGGUUUUCAAUGGUUGAAAGUUGAAACCUCGAAGGGAGUCUUUGGCAUGAAAUGUCAAGCUGUGCUGCAUGGAGUCAGAAGGGGAUGCGAUGGUAGGAGAGAGGCGCUUAAACUCAUAAGAACCCAAUAUUCACUUUAAUGGCCCUGUGGGGUUUGUCUCUGGCUAGAAACGGCACACGGAUUUCCAAACACUCGUUGAUAGUAGAAACACUGAAACUGUGUCCAGCUAUUCAGAUUCACAAGUCAUAUAUUAUUGUUGAUGGCUGGUCGGUCCAGUAAACAACAAUCUAAGCACGAUCAGUCAAGGGCUAAAUGGACAGUUUCCCUUACCAAGAUACUUGCUGACUUAAUGGUCGAGCAGGUUCUAAAGGGGAAUAGACCAAAUAAUUCGUUUGGAAAAAAAGCAUGGAAAUGUAUAUGUGAUGACUUCCAUAAAAAAACGGGAUUGAAAUGGGAUAAGGAGCAAUUGAAGAACCGUUAUGGUGUUUUGAGGAGACAGUAUGUUACUGUCAAAUCACUUCUUGAUCAAAGUGGCUUUAGUUGGGAUGAAUCCCGAUGUGCAGUAAUAGCAAAGGAUGAAGUGUGGGAUAAAUACAUAAAGGCACACCCAGAUGCUGAGACAGUUAGAAACAAUGGUUGUCCAAUUUACAAACAGCUUUGCAUAAUAUUCUCAGAAUCUGGGGCCAAUGGGGGAUAUGAUCAGUCAAUCCAUCAGGUCGAGUUGGAUGAUGGUACUCCUAGGUUGGUGCGAGGACCAGAGGCUGCAAGCAUGUCUGUUGAUCCUGGAGCAGCAUCAUUUGCACCAGAGGAUUCUUCAUCACACUCAGAAGAGGACAUUGACAUGUCAAAUGGACGGAACAAAGGUCGAUCAGCGACACCACCUAGUACUGGUCGUCGCAAAAGAAGCCGUAAAGGAAUUGAUGAUGUUAUGUCAGAAGCGAUAUUAGAGAUGGCAGCUGCAUCAAAGUUGAGGACAGCAGCUGCAGCACAGAUUAACGAGCAAUUUUCUAUAAGCAAUUGCAUCAAAGCAUUGGAUGAGAUGCAAGGAGUUGAUGACCACAUCUACUUUGCUGCUUUAGACCUGUUCGACAGCCCCAGUGCAAGGGAAACAUUCAUCUCUCUUAAAAGUGAGAAGAGAUUGAUAUGGUUGAAGGGCAAGUGCUGCAGCAUUCCUUCCAGUUCUAUGGAACGAGGAAUUCAAUACGCCUUGUAAUUCUACACCAUUGUAUGUAAUGUACCGCCCACUAGGCUUAAUACCUGUUUGAGCCGUCUUAUUUGUUUAGUAUAGCAGCUUUUUUCUCUACAUGACAGAAGUUAUCUAUAACUGACACAUCCAAGUCCAAGGGGUUAGAUGGUGCAAAUCGGAGUUUCCCCACGAAAAACAGCUCUUGAAAUUCUGUUGUGGAAUAUUGGAAUGAAUACGAUACCGGGAUGUGGUUUUUCA